UGACUAAGAUUCACGUCUCCUCAGAAGGCACCAUUGAGGAGAAGGGCCAGGGCAUGCUGCAGGUGGACUUUGCCAACAACUUGGUAGGAGGGGAUGUGUUUGGGAACGGACUGGUCCAGGAGAAUAUAAUGUUCCUCUGCUACCCAGAGCUCAUUGUGUCCAGGCUUUUUACUGAGAGGCUGGCCAACAACGAGUGCCUCCGGAUCACCGGUCUCCAGCAGUACAACAGAUACACUGGCUUCAGCGACACCUUUGUCUGUCAGGGAUUUUAUAUAGACCAAUGCCAGAGGGAUGAAUGGCUCAGACGGCAGAGAAAAAUGGUCGCCAUUGACGCAUUGAACUUCAAAAACCAGAAGGAGCAGUACGACAUGACACGCGUAAUCCGUGAGCUGAACAAGGUUGGUUGGCCUGCACGGUCUCACCCUGUUACUGUGACUAAUCAUGGUAAGGAAACCAUUGUGGUGUGACCAAUGUCAAUGGGGUGCUUGGAAACAACUCUGAUCUUAUCUUCUCUACAAAGUGGAAACGUUCAGUACAUUAGGAUGCCAAGAAGAAUUUGUCAGGC